AGCCAAGAAGCAGAAAGCCAACAAGGCGCCCAAAGCCCCGAAACCCACUAAAAAACCCAAAGCCACCAAGGCACCCAAGAAGCUCAAAGCCACCAAGGCACCUAAGGUCACAAAGCCCAAAGCUACCAAGGCCUCCAAGACAACAGCAUGGAAGGAGGAGGGGGUGAAGCCGGUGACCAGAAGACCCAGUCUGGAAGAGGAGGAGGAGAAACUCCUGAUUGAGCUGGGCUGGGAUAGACACAGCAGACCCUCAGGACACACACCUCUCUCUGCUGGCUCCAAGACCCUGACAGAGCAUGGUCAAGAUUACUGGGACACCAAGCUGGACAGAGAGAGGACUACCACUGAGGUCAUCAUGUAUGUAUCAGAGGAAACCACAGUGCCCUGGUACGAAGAGUAUGAUUAUGCAGACUUGGCAGCUAAACAACUCAAGGAGGAGGCAGAGAAAGCUCGCAAGGAGAAGGAGGAAAAAGUGAAGCGGCUGAGGAAGAAGUGGGAGGAGGAAGAGGAGGAGAGGCUGAGGAAGAUUCCAGUACAUGCCGAACCCAAGAAAUGCCCUCCUCUAGGUCUGGAGUCCCAUCGUGUUGACGAUGACCAGCUGCUGGCCUCUUCUCAGUCUCACCACGGCUUCUCUGCUCAGCGGGGCAGGCUCAACAUGCAGAGCUCUGGUAAUGAGGAGGGUGUGUACGGGGGUGCGUGGUGUGCUGAGCCAGAGGAGAAGAACCACUGGUUUGAGGUGGACGCUCGCAGAGAGGUGGAGUUCACUGGAGUCAUCGUACAGGGCAGGAACUCAGACACAGCGGAAGAUUUUGUGUCCACGUUCUACGUGUCCUUCAGUAAUGACAGUCGUGAUUGGACGGUGCUCCAUGAUGGCUAUGCUGAGUGGUUGUUCUAUGGGAAUGUGGAUAGGGACUCUCCAGUGAUGGUGCAGUUUGAUUGGCCAACCGUGGCACGUUACAUCCGUGUCCUUCCCCAGAGCUGGAACGGCAGCCUGUGUCUCAGAGUUGAGGUCAUGGCCUGCCAACUGACCAGCAGCUUCCGUAGUGAGAAUGAGGUCAACCCCACAGACAACCUUGACUUCAGACACCACAACUAUAAGGACAUGAGACAGAUGAUGAAGGUGAUAAAUGAGGAGUGUCCUAACAUCACUAGGAUCUAUAACAUUGGGAAGAGCUCUGCAGGCCUGAAGAUGUAUGCCAUGGAGAUCUCUGACAACCCCGGGGAACACCAGACAGGUGAGCCGGAGUUCCGCUACACGGCGGGUCUCCAUGGUAAUGAGGCACUGGGGCGGGAGCUGCUCCUCCUGCUGAUGCAGUUCAUGUGUAAGGAGUAUAAUGAGAACAACCCCAGAGUGCGCCGCCUGGUGGAGGGAGUGAGAAUACACCUGGUUCCCUCACUCAACCCAGACGCCUACGAACUGGCCUACGAGAUGGGCUCUGAGAUGGGGAAUUGGGGUCUGGGCCACUGGACUGAGGAGGGAUACGAUAUCUUCCAGAACUUCCCGGACCUCAACAGUGUUCUAUGGGGGGCAGAGGACAGAGGCUGGGUCCCACGCAUUGUACCUAAUCACCACAUCCCACUCCCAGAGAACUUCCUCAAUGGCUCGGUUGCCCUGGAAACCAAAGCCAUUAUUAACUGGAUGGAGCGGACCCCAUUUGUGUUGGGAGCCAAUUUGCAGGGUGGAGAGAAAGUGGUGGCGUACCCGUUUGACAUGCAGCGACCUCCAAAGGCUACAUGGACUUUGGGGUCUCAGCGUGAGUUGAGACCCGGUGUGAACCAUGAGAUGAAUGAGGAAACGUGGGCCCGGAUGCAGCGUCAGAAUGGGGACGCGCUACGAGAGACGUCUGACGACACCAUGUUCCGCUGGCUGGCCAUGUCGUACGCCCACAGCCACCUGACCAUGACGGAGACCCAGCGGGGCUCGUGCCACACAGACGACAUCUCUGGGGGACAAGGCAUCAUCAACAGGGCCAGUUGGAAACCUGUGGUGGGAAGUAUGAAUGACUUCAGCUACCUGCACACUAACUGCUUUGAGCUGUCUGUCUUCCUGGGCUGUGACAAGUUUCCUCAUGAGAGUGAGCUUCCUCUGGAAUGGGAGAACAACCGGGAGGCACUACUGUCCUUCAUAGAACAGGUGCAUCGUGGGAUAAAGGGCAUAGUGAGGGACAUGGAGGGUAAACCCCUGGCCAACGCCACCAUUUCUGUGGACGGCGUCAAGCACGAUGUCAAGACUGCUGCGGCUGGUGACUACUGGCGGUUGUUGAACCCCGGGGAGUACCGUGUGACGGCUCGCGUCGACGGCUACACGCUCCAGACCCGGCUGUGCAUUGUGGGCUACGACUCCGGAGCCACCCCCUGUAGCUUCACCCUGGCCAAGUCCAACUGGGACCGAAUUAAGCAGAUUAUGGUCCUCCACGGCAAGAGGCCCAUACGGCUUGUUACCAAAGCACCCCCCCGGGUAGGAAGUGACAUCAGCGGUGGGUCAGUUGGCAGCGUAGACGCAACAAAGAUGGGCGCCACUGGCGGGAUGGGCGGGACGUCGGCCAACUCCCAUAAUGCAGAGCGUCUCCGGCGGUUACGGCUGAUGCGCCUGCGCAAGAUGCACCAGCAGAGACUCAGGUAUAACUUCUCCACCGCCACGCCCGUUGCCACGACGACCACCACGGCGGCCCCCACAACGACAGCGGAGCUGGAGACAGAGAGCACUACUUCCUGGUAUGACUCGUGGUUCCCUGUGGAGAGUUCGUACACAGAGCCCACACCUGCCGAGGUCUUCACAGAGAUCCAGGAGUCAGAGCCUACACAGGACUACACCUCUGAGUACAAGUUCGAAGAUUACUAAGGUGAAUUUAAUUAAAUUGCUAAAGUAACAAAUUACAGUUUUUAAAAACACAAUCAUUAUUCAAAUUGUGUGAAAUUAAAAACAUAUUUAAUUCCUUGCAGAGCUGAAAGAAAAUAUAGCAUUUAAAAAAAACACUUUUUAUAAAUAAUACUUUCUCUGUGCUCUUCCAUUUAUGUCUCAUGAUGGUCUGUAUUCUGAUAUUUUUUGUAAUGCUCACACAUAGAUCAGAGAAUAGUCUGCAUUCUCUCUCUGCAGAGCAGGGAGUUAACAGCAUGUUUUUCAUAUUAUUUACUUAAGCAAGCCUAUUCUGAGACGUAGAUAUAGGGUGCUUCAAAUGUUUCACAAUAAAAGAGUAUAAACAGGUUAUUUGACACACGCUGAAGUCAUGCUUUGCCUCAAAACGUGGAUUCUUAUGUUUGGUUAGAUAUGAUUACUAAUAUCUAUGGAAACUGCGGUGUGUUUGUAUUAUUACAUUAAAAGUGUUC